GGGGAGGGGAGGAAGAUGUUUUCCGCUCUCAAAAAGCUGGUGGGGUCGGACCAGGCUCCUGGUCGGGACAAGAACAUCCCUGCGGGACUGCAAUCCAUGAACCAGGCACUGCAGAGGAGGUUCGCCAAAGGAGUACAAUACAACAUGAAAAUAGUGAUCCGAGGAGACAGAAACACAGGAAAAACCACCCUCUGGCACAGACUCCAAGGCAAGAAGUUUGUGGAAGAAUAUAUACCUACCCAAGAGAUACAAGUCACCAGUAUCCAUUGGAAUUACAAAACCACUGAUGACAUUGUAAAAGUUGAGGUCUGGGAUGUAGUUGACAAGGGAAAGUGCAAAAAACGAGGAGACGGUUUGAAACUGGAAAAUGAUCCUCAGGAGGCAGAAUCAGAAAUGGCUCUGGAUGCCGAGUUCCUAGAUGUAUAUAAGAACUGUAAUGGGGUAGUCAUGAUGUUCGAUAUCACAAAGCAGUGGACCUUCAACUACAUACUUCGGGAACUUCCCAAAGUGCCGACCCAUGUCCCCGUGUGUGUGCUGGGGAACUACAGAGACAUGGGGGAACACCGAGUCAUCCUGCCAGAUGAUGUGCGGGAAUUUAUUGAUAACCUCAACAGACCCCCAGGUUCCUCUUACUUUCGAUAUGCUGAAUCUUCCAUGAAGAAUAGCUUUGGCUUAAAGUACCUUCAUAAAUUCUUCAAUAUUCCAUUCUUACAGCUGCAGAGAGAGACAUUGCUACGGCAGCUAGAGACUAAUCAGCUAGACAUCGAUGCCACAUUGGAAGAACUGUCAGUGCAGCAAGAGACUGAGGACCAAAACUACGAAAUUUUUCUAGAAAUGAUGGAAGCAAGAAGUAGAGGACAUGCAUCUCCAUUAACAGCCAAUGGGCAGAGUCCAUCCUCUGGUUCCCAAUCACCCAUUGUGCCUCCCAGCACAACAUCCACAGGGAGUUCCAGCCCCAGCACACCUCAGCCAGCCCCUCAACAGCUUCUUGCAAAUUCUGCUACCUGCCCAUCCCUAUCACCUUCCAUGUGCCCUGUUCCCCAAUCAGAGGCACAAACCCAGGCAAUUUCUCCAGCUACUAUUAUCGCCUCCCCAGGCCCACCAACCCCAGCCCCACCCCAGCCUCAGCCCCAGCGUCGAAGCAUCAUUUCAAGGCUAUUUGGAACCUCACCAGCAUCAGAAGCUACCCCUUCACCUCCUGAGCCUGCCCACUCUGUAGAGGUACCAGCAAAAGUCCAGAGUGUUGAAGAUUUUGUUCCUGAAGAUAGCCUGGAUAGGAGCUUCCUAGAAGAUACAAAUCUGAAGGAUGAGAAGAAACCCAGAACAAAAGUCGAACAUGAAAGUGACAGUGAUGGGGAAGCCACUGGGGGGAACCCCAUGGUAGCUGGUUUCCAAGAUGACCUGGACCUAGAAGACAAGCCAUCCUCCAAGUCCUCCUUGCCAGCAGGCCCCAUCCCAAGUAGAAACAUCACCCUCUCCAGUGAGGAUGAAGCGGAGGAAGUGUCAGAUCACCCUCAAGCUGACAGUCUGACCACCCAAGAAGGUUUGGAACCUGAGACAAAAUGGUCUUCCAGAAAUUCCUUGCAGUCACAGAGUGAAGCAGCUUCCACCAAAGCCAUUGACCCCAAACUUCAAGUCAGUUUACCCACUAAUAUGGGACCUGAGAAGUGUAGUAGCACUAAACCUACUUCUGAAGCCCCAUCCCAGGCACCCAAAACAGUUUCUCGGAACAAAGAUUCCACUUCUAAGUUCAGAGAAGUGAAAGAUGAGAAACAAGAGUCCUCAGAGAGUGAUCCAGAGGGACCCAUUGCUGCUCAAAUGCUGUCCUUUGUCAUGGAUGAUCCUGACUUUGAAAGUGACGAGUCUGACACUCAGAAGAAAGCGGAAGAAUUUCCAGUCAGAGAGGACCUCUCAGAUAUUACAGAUGAAGACAUGCCCCCUGCAAAGGUCCCCCAGCCCAUGAAGCCUACAGUUCACUCCUUUAAAAUGAAAAAUGAUUCGGAUCUCUUUGGUUUGGGCCUGGAAGAGACUGGGCCUAAAGAAAGCAGUGAUGAAGACAAGGAAAGCAAAUUCUCCUCUAAAGAGAAGAAAAAGAAGAAGAAGAAAAGCAAAGAGGAGGAGGAGAAGGCUGCCAAAAAGAAAAGCAAGCACAAAAAAACCAAGGACAAGGAAGAGGGAAAGGAUGAGAAGAAGAAGAGGAAGAAAAGGAGUAAAGAGAAGACUGAGGAGAUUGAUGAACUGGAAGCCUUCCUUGGGGGUGGGGCCAUAGCCCCCAAACAGCAUGGGGGCGGAGACUAUGAGGAGCUCUAGGCCUGGGGUGCAUGGGAACCCACAGACCUGUCAUUCAUCUCUGCUUCUGAGCCUUGGCAGGAUGGGGGCUGCCAGGUGGGACCUGGGUUGGGGCUGCUCAAUACCCCUCACAGGCCAUGAAGGUGGGGAGAUGGGGAGCUCAGUGUGUGUCCUGGUAAAGACAUUCCAGUGUGAAAGGACCGGUACCCAUUUAGGUGGGGAAAGGUCAGGUGUGAGGCAUGGGUGAGGGGCUGGGAGAAUGAAGUCUAGUUCUGAUCCAACCCUUUCUCCAGUAAGUCCAUUGCAAGGGAGAGGUGCACAGCUCCCCAUCAUCCCUGCCCACCCCUCCUAUUCAUUGCUAUUUACAGGACACUCCCAUUUUAUCUGCUGAAGAAAUAGCAGUGUCGCCUAACUAAUUGUUCUUUUAACCUUGGGAGGAAUCAGAGAUUUCAGCUCUAUUUUUCAUAACUUUUUUUUUUCCUUAAUGAAAGAUAGCUUGACCUUUGCUUCAUAGUUGUCAGGGUGAAAAAAGCUGAGACUAAGAUUGGUAAGGGAAAUUUUGUUGAGCUGUCUGCCAUUCUGGGACAGGAGAGGCCCAACACAAGUUUACUAAACGUACCAGCCAUACCUAUCCCCAUCCUCCCCCCUUAGCUCCAGAAAUCCAUGGUGUUUAGGAGCUGAUGCUUCAGUCUGCUCUACAGUUUGAAGCAAGGGCACAAAAGAGAUAGGGAUUCAGGUCGGGGAAGGGGAAUGGUGGUGGAAUGCAAGUGUCUUUUCUAUUAAUAAAUCAUUCAUCCACCUUGGCCAGGUUCAUGGCACAGACUCCUUUGCCCUAUUGCCCCAGUAACCCUAAUAGUACUUCUCAGGGACAUGAAAAAAGCCUUUUGAGGCACUUGCAGGAAUCCCAUCCUGCUUACGUAGGAGGGGGAUGAGGGGGAGGGGUUCAGAGCAGAGGAGCUGUACAGGAAGCAGGAAAACAGCUUUAGUUUCCCCGGCUUCCAGAAGCAUUCCAGAUCUAGUUCUUGUCUCCUGGUUGUCGCUAUGUUUUCACAUACUUCAGGCCCCUGACUCUCCCUAUAAUGUGGUUUCCUCUUAGUGCUUUCUGUUCCUUCACCAUUCUAUCCCUAAAUACCAUGACAUUAUGUACAGGAAUCAGCCCAUUCCAAGAGAAUCGGUAAUAAAAGCGCAGGGGGUUCCCCACCCUUUCACUGUGCUCUAGUACACCCAGUCCAAGGUUUAGUGUUUCUUCCAAUGCCCAAUUCUCACAAAACUUGCAAAAGAAUUUACCCUUUCCUCUUCUAAAGACCAGAAUCUCUUCUACUUGACCAGAGAAACUAUAAGAAAUCAUAGCUGCUCCUCUCCAGCCCUGCUCUUUUUCUUCCAGGCUCCAUUAUUUUCAAAGUGGCUGGUCUGUGUUUAGUAGACAGGGAAAUGGGGUCUUGGAAGGCAGUUUUUUUCCAAACCUGAUCAUUCCCAGCUUAAACCAUGGCCAGAAAGAGGGAACUUAGCAACACUUGGGCUUAGAGAGGAAAUACCACAGGGAAGCAGGGGUGUAAAAUACUUGUUUUUUAAAGGUUUGUUCCCAUCAUGUUCUAUUGGAUGCUCCACUCUGACCAUAAAGCUCUCUUUUACUGC